GUACUAUUUUCAGAAUCCAGGUGGAAUCUCACACAGUAAAACAAUGCCAAGAGAAAAGGAAGGAAGACAAAAAGCUAAAGGAACACCCCUGCCCAUCGUUCCAAUUCUUCAAAAGUUCCUGAAAACAUAUGAGAAGCACUGCGCCCAGACGCAGACAUCUGUGUGUCUAGCCAUCAAACAGGACUUGAAAACCAGCAUCAACAACGAACAGAUUCUCAGGAAAUUUAUGCUUGUAAGACCUGAAGACUCCCCGACAAGCAUCCUACCAAUUUCCUUAGAACCUUUGCUCAUGACAAUUCGAGAUGAGUGUUAUAUGCUGGGGAAAGAGAUCUGUAUCUGGAGCCUUCAACUGAGCAACCCAGAGAUUGCCAGACUGGCUUCACUUCUGGAGUUGAAGGGGCGUGCCGCCUGCCCAUUUACCAGCCUGGAGCUCAUUGACUGCAGGAUGGAUCUGUGGGCUCUCGGGAGACUCGGGAGGGCUCUGCCAUGCAGCUGUCUGCGUUCCCUCGUCCUCGAUUACUGCAGAUUUGGAAGUGAAGAAAUUGAGAGUAUUUUCUCAGGCCUGGAGAACAACCAAAGGCUUCAAGCCCUCAGUCUGCGCUACUGUGGUCUGGGGCCACAGAGCGGGCCACGGCUGGGCGCCAUCAUAUACCACAGCUCCAUUUGUGAGCUGCACCUUGACGGCAAUUACUUACAGUGUUCUGGAGCUCUGACUCUCCUCAGACCUGUAGCCGAGUAUGCAAAGACACAGGGGAGAGACCAGCCGGCCACAUCCCCACCAGACCCCGGGAGUCCCCCUCAGCAGCUACAGGAGAGCCAAACAAGCGAGGGUCAGCGCCGACCUCAGCGAGCACCUGCCCUGUCAUUCUUCACAGCCACCAGGGACAGGGUGGAAAAGCUGCUCCAGCUGGACUGGGCCCUGUGCCAAACAGAGGGGAAGUUCAACUUUGAACCAGAUUACAAAGUCACCUGGAGCUCUAACAGGGAAAACUACUUCAGGGAAGGAGAGGCGGAAAAAAGGUAUUUGGUUGUUGUGUCAGCUAUAUCCCUUCAUCUCCCUUUAUCUGUAAAUCACUUCCUCCUUUCAUGGGCUGUGUGUUCCCGCUACGACAGUAAUUACCCCAAACAGAAAAACUAUGGAGAGAUAGAAGAGCCGGUGUCUUAUGGUUUCCUAUAA